AUGCCCAUAAGGCGUUUUGGGGGUCACAAGUCUCUGGUCUCUCACUCCCAAACUUCUAAGCUGUCGUAUGGUUACACCAAGAUGAAUAUUUCAAGAGGAGGAUAUCGUGUUUUCUCUGCUAACUCCACUACAGCAUGCACAGAGCUGGCCAAGAAGAUAACUGAGUAAGUGAGCUUCAUGUUCAAUACAUGGAGACAAAAUUACUGUGGUUUCAAAAUGUACUGUGGUUCUUGUUAGCACACCUGGGGUUCAAACAGCUUCAGGAAGCCUCAGACUCAUGGGUGUGAAUGUUUUUCAUUAGAUUUAGUUUACUGAGGCAAUGUUGAGAAAUAUAGAGAGGAAAAUAGGAAUUGAAAAGGUUAAUCAGGGGAUAUAGUGUAUGUGUUGUAGUUUUGGGUGACACAAAAGUAAUAUAAUUUGUGUCUGUACAAUAGUGCUCCGUGUAUGCUAGUGAAGUUUUAUUUUGCAAAUCUGUUUGGUAAUGUGUUACUGGUUAGAUGUUUCAUGCAACUUUACUUAAAGGGAUAUUCCGGCGUAAAAUUAAUUUAGGGUCAAACACACGUAACACUGAGUUAGACACUCCCCGACCGCUUGCUUCUCUAGUUAUACCAACUUUAGUCACGACCGCACAAUAGCAAUACACAGCGGUCUGAGGAGCCAUGAACAAACCUCGACCAAAACGCCACUCUAUAACCACAAAUAAUGCUCAGAACAGCACCUAACUUCUUCAACAGUACAUAUAGGGUCCCAGCCACAGCACUAGCUAUCAAACAUCUUUUUAACUUUGCCUAAUUUCUUCAGCAAAGAGACUUAACACAACUCACCUACUCUCUUCCAGCAGCCGCUUGUUUGUAGCGAGACCUCGGGCUGUCCAUUACAGACUACAGUGGGGUGACGCAGCUCAAGGAAGAACAUUUAUAAUCAUUACUUUAUCAUUUCCAUGAAGUAAUAAUCACCAUAUUAAUCAUUUUGCACUGCAGACGCGGUAGUUCCUCUGCCUUAGAGUCUUGGUCUGAUUGCAUUUCCAUGAAGAAAUCUCUGUAUUACCCUUAUGAAACCUAUAACUUGCUGACCCAGAUCACUGCAAACAUCAUUAUUCUCUUUCAUAGCUGGGUCAUUGCAUUUAAUAAGUAGCCAUGUUGUUCUGCCCUGCAGACUUGUCAGACAGCCAAGAAGAAGUUGCACUGCUUGCACAGAAUAAAACAGCUUAGCUCUCUCAGUUUUUCUCUGUUUGGCAACAUUUUAGAGCUUUUAUUGGAAAGGUUGUGCUGCUGCACGUUUGCCAAGAAUAUAUUUUGCGGAGCAAAGGUUGAAAAACAUCCUAAGCACGUGGAACAUGUUAAUGAAUAAUGUUUUGAAUGUUUACUCUGAGGUGCAAGUGUUGUCUGGGCUGCGUGUAAACAGCUCUGAAACUGACGUCAUCUUUAUUAAUCUUUAUUAUAUUAUAUUUUUAAAUAAACAGCGUGAUUUCUGACCAAGGCAUGACUGUGUUCAUGGUGUCUAGGCCUGUCCACAGUUUGACUUAAUUCAACUAGUUAAUCUACUAUUAAAGGGGGUUAGAAGUGCUGUGUUUACAGUUUAGCAGCAUUUAGUAGAACAGAAAUUGUUGAGGUGGAUCACAAGACUCAUUUUUAGGUAAUUUUGAAUUAGUAUAUAAUGACCUUAAUGUAAAAGUCAUUUUGUUUAUUACCCUUGAAAGAGCUGUUUGUAUUUAUAGGGAAGCUGCCCUCUUCCACAGAACUGCUAAGUUUUUCAAAAUAGCACAGAGCAGAAAAACUUGUGACAUAUGCGUCUUAAAAUUUAGAAAGUGGCCACACAUAAUGCACCAGUUGGAAGAGGGAGAAGAGAGUGGUUGUUGCAUGCAAAAGAAUUUGUAUUGAUCAUAACGUAAAAACUUGACAAUACAGGACCAUACUUGUCAUGCAUCACAGGAGCUUUUUGUCCCUGAAAGUCAAUGUCGCUUCACAGAUAGGGAUGGGUUUUAAUCUAGAUUCUGACUGCUUGAUAUCCCCUCAUAUACUCUUAUUUCUACAGUCUGCACCUAUUUAAAUGGUAGUAAGGCGGUUAAAACACAAUGAAAUGCUGUGAUUGUCAUUAGAACAUGUGAGCAGUUAUGUUUCAUAGCUUAUUUCCAUUUGAAUUGGAUUAUAUAUUUUUUCAAUAGAAGGAUUAAUGCUUAUUCAACAUGUACAGACAUUGAAUUAAACCAUUGUAGUACAAACUGGAGUAUUUAUACACAUCAGUUGAUUAAACACAUAAAGGUGUGUGUUUAUAUGUGAUUGUAACACAGUCUGCGGUCUGUUUUAACAAUGUUUUUCCUAGACGCCUGGGUGUGGAGUUGGGCAAGUCAGUAGUUUACCAAGAGUCGAACAAAGGUACAGUACCGCUGAUAGAUUCAGCAAAGCACUUAUUUAAAAAACAUACCUCUUAACAAAGAACAAUGCUUUAUCUUUGACUCAGCUUUGUACUUUAUUGUGUCUCCUUUUUCCUUUUUUUUAGAGACUAGGGUGGAUGUCAAAGAGUCGGUCCGUGGACAAGACAUUUUCAUCAUUCAGACCAUUCCCAGGUAAAGUCUGGUACACAGUACAGUUAAAGAAAAAAAACAGACUUUAAAAUCAUCAGUGACCCCACUCAUGGUCACAAAUAAAGACAGAUGUGGCCUUUUAGUUCCUACAGUGGGUGGUGUGCAACAAUGUGGGGAACACAGUACACCUCAUGUAUUAUCUAUCAUAUCUGAUCAUGAAUACUAGACAUGUUUAGUAUUUAUGCAAGUUCAACCAUCCUGGCAAGCAACUGACCACCAAUAUUUUUCUUUGUGUAGUUUAAUACCUAGUGUGAGGGAUUGCAGAUUACAGUAGUAAAGAACUUUAUAUAGACAUUCUUCAGAUAGCAGAUGUAAGUUUGUGAUUUGACUUAAAUUUGGCUGGAUGAAAGGUAUAACUUCAGGAGACCAAUGAGACUUUAUAGAAAUAUUAACAAGCUCAAAUUUUAGGAACAGGGUGUCGGUCUUCAAUAGAUCUGGGUUUGAACCCCGUCAUUGGACGCACUGUUGUUUUCUGUCUGCUUUGUCAUUUCUGAAUGCAUAGAUAUGCUUCCACAAGUCAGAUUUAACAACAGAAAAGACAGGACUAAUUUUUGUUUUUCUGUUUUAAUUUUCUUUUUCAAAUGAGGCAUACAGAGCAGUUUGAAACAGAUGUUAUGGGCACAGGGGGCAUCAGAAAUGCAGCAACAGUGAUAAUACUCUGAAAAUGAAGUGCAAAGAAGUUGCAAACCAACAUUGUAAAGGGGCACAGACCCCAACUGUGCUGAAAGACAGUAUUGGCUACAAAGUGGACAAAUAUGUUUUUUAAUGUUCUUUUGUUUUUAAUGUUCAGUUUCUGUACAUGCAAAUACCAUCUUCGAAGAAUGACAACUACAAGGGCUCAUUCAGCAAACCCCCCCCUUUACAUGACUGAAAUAAGUGUGAAAAUAUCUUGAUAUAUUGUGACUCUGGAAAGUUUGUCUUUUUCCUUCAAAUAUCAGUUACAACUAAUCAUUUACAAGAAGUCAAACAGGGAACGCAGCACUACGACAACUUGGUUUUCAGCCCUCUAGUCUUAUGCUAAUAAAUUAUUAACCAGACACAGACGCACUCUCUAAAAAAAUAACAAAGUUCACGUUGAAGACAUCCAAUAUUUGAGCUUUCAGCAAUGAGUCUGUGCAGAUCCAACAGCCUUUGACCUGCUGGUGUCAAAGUGUACAGUUACAUCAAUAGCUGUCUAUCGGUCUGAAGCAGAGAAACUGAUGAUAACCUAUAACAACACUCAGUAAUUUAAUUUGUUUUUGGCUCUAGACUCAAAUGGAGUCCAGUAACAGGGAGCUUUAUAUGUCGUGCUAUCUAUGCUUCUAUCUGCUCCUUCUGGAUCUUUCAUUAGUUCACCAACACUUGGCACACUUUACAGUCUUAAUGUCUGAAACGAUGUCUUUGAUUGAAUGUGUUUCUCAGGGAUGUCAAUACAGCCAUCAUGGAGCUGCUGGUCAUGGCUUAUGCCCUGAAGACAUCCUGUGCCAAGAACAUCAUUGGAGUCAUUCCCUACUUCCCUUAUAGCAAGCAGUGCAAGAUGAGAAAGAGAGGAUCCAUUGUCUGCAAGCUGCUUGCAUCCAUGUUAGCCAAAGCUGGUAUGAACCGUGUGUUGUACUUUCUCCGUCAUUUAUUUAUUUGAGUGGAAAAGGCUCACAAAGCAGAGGGGAGAUUCAAAAUCUAUUAUGAAUCUGUUAUAAACUGUCAAAUUUUGAACUUAAAUGAAAAUUUUUGUUUGUUUACUGCUGGAAACACUCACCAAUACAAAGGACACAAAUCUGUAUAAGAUAGUGGGAACAAUUUUGAUGUGUUUCCCUCCAAGUUCUCAGCUUCUAUUAAAGUCUUUCUAAAGCCUGAGCUAUCAGAAGACUGUGUUUGGCCAUGUAUAAAUUGUACUCUGUGCAUGAGCCUUUGAAUAACUUAUGUGUUGGGAACAAACUGGAUAUAUUAUAGGGCUGGGCGAUACGGCCUCAAAUCAAUAUCACGAUGUAUUGAUCAGUUCACCUCGAUAACGAUAAAUGGAUGAUAACUGCUCCACAAGCUGCUCACUGUGCUCCUUGAACUUGAACCGUCCUCCAUCUCCUCACCUGUCUUUCCCUCUUUGUUAUGGACUGGAUGUGGUGGAGUCAAGUCUCCAACAUAGGACAGUGUCUUAAAGGGACAUGAGACCAUAGCCUACCAACACACAUCCAAAACCAACUUUUAUUUGUUUCGUCUUUUUUUUUGACACUGAAUGUACCGAUAUGGGCAAAAUGACGUCGGUUAUUGUCUUAAAUUUUGGUAUCGGUACAUUUCCGGAUUAUCGCCCAGCCCUACUGCAUCACAACAUGCACCACAAUAUCUUUUUUUCCUUUUAUAAUUUGUCGCUUUAACUCUUAACUCCAGUUGCAAAAUAGAUUCACCAACAAGAUGAUUUAUAAAAAUGUGUGCUUAGUGAAGCAGUCUGCUGUGUUUCUGUGUGCAUAUUAAUGAUUAUUAUUUGUAUCAAGUCUGCACUGUGCCUCCUCUUAUGUCUUUUCCUGUUUUGUUUAUUGUAGGUCUGACUCACAUCAUCACCAUGGACCUCCAUCAGAAAGAAAUCCAGGGAUUUUUCACCUUCCCCGUUGACAACCUGAGAGCUUCCCCCUUUCUCAUCCAGUACAUCCAGGAAGAGGUGAGGCCACAAGACACCAUAAAGCAGAAAAAAACAGGCACAUUGUUGCAUUUAUGUGUUGCUUCAGCGUAUGGAUUAAUUUUGGACCUAGUUUACUGCUUGAGGGAUAUCCGUUCUUGUGUUCGAUCAAAGGUCACCCACACAACCUUUCUCUUUUCCUCAGAUCCCAGACUACAGGAAUGCAAUCAUCGUUGCCAAGUCCCCUUCAGCUGCCAAAAGGUAACAAGAAAGACUGGGAAACCUCCCACCUCCUUAACAUUUCCUGUACUGUCAUAGUAACCACUUAGUUAUUCAGCUUUCAGUCUUCUCAACUCUGUCCAAGCUUCCUUCCAAACUUCUCUUCUCUUUUUUUUCUGCCUCUAUUUGUUUGUUUGUUUGUUUGUGUUUGUCAGUUUCUUUUGAUUCUUGUGUGACCGCGUCUCUGUGUGUCUCAGAGCUCAGUCCUACGCUGAGAGGCUGCGACUCGGCUUGGCGGUGAUGCAUGGAGAAGCAAACCACUCCGAGUCAGACAUGGCUGACGGGCGACAGUCUCCCCCCUUGUCCCGCACCACCACAGGACACACAGGCCUCGAGCUGCCAUGUAAGACACACAACAUACCGUUUACUUCAGUCUUUUUUUGUAGCCUCUUGUAUUUACAACUGUUUGAGGGUUAAAGUUUCUCAGCCUCCAUAUACCGCUCUGAGGGAUUGUCUAGAUAAAGGUUAACUGUCAGUGAGGCAGUCAGGAAGUGUUUAAUUGCCAGAGGAGGAAUUUGAGUGCUUUACUUUGAACCUGUGCAGUCAGUAGAAAGCAUGCAGCGUAUGUAUCUGUAGCUCUAAACUCAAGUCGUUUUAAAUUUUCAAACAAAAACAUGCUUUGCAAAAUCCAAAUACCCCAGAUUAGGACCAGUAAUAGAACUGACCUUCACUCACUGGUGAAGUUUUCUCUUAAACUGCCUUCUUUGACUGUGCCGACCUUGGUGUCUCACUCAUCUGUACACAGUCUCCUUCAGGUCAGCUGUGCCUCAGGUGUUGUUUUAACCUGCUGUGAAAUACUGCAGGCACAGGCUGACACCACUGACCUCUUUUUUUUUUUCUUCCACAACCACAUUUAUUUCCCUGCUCUUCUCAUCUUGCCAUUGUUGCUCUCUUUUAACCAUUUCCCCUUCAACCCCUUAACUUGAAAAGAUGUUUUGUUUUUUUUGCGAGCCUCAUUUCUUUUCCUCCUGCUGGAGCUGAAUCGAUUCCAUCCCAGCAGUCUCUUUUUCUCUCUGCUUUUACAAAUGCACUGAUAACCUGAACCAUCCAUUUCUUGUACAGGAAGGCUUCUCAUGGCUGAAGGCUCAUCGUGGAUUUCACUCUUGCUCCAUGUUGUAUCUGCCAUUGUCUAACCGUGCAUUUAUACUUUUUGUUCCCUGCUUUCUUUUGCCAACACAGGCGGCAGACAUCAUGUCCCAUUCCCUGGGAUAGAGCUCCCAAGUAUGAUCAGAACACUUGAAUGCUUUCUUUUGUCUUGUUCAUGGUUUGUCUCACUGCAUGAAAUGACAGGAUGUGUUACUGAGGACUUCCACUUGCUUUUUAAUAUGGACUCUUAAAGAGAACAUGUCAUCAAAUUUAGACAGUGAUGAUGAACUGGGCAGUGAAAACUUAAAUUUAUUGCAUCCUCUUGCCAUCUCUCAAGAUUUGGGUGCAACACAGACUGAUGGACAAGGAUGUUGACAUCUCAAAAACUUAAUGUCUUUGCUAAAAUAGAACAACCUGCAUCAUAUUGACUCUGGAAGAUGCUACACAAGUAGAAGUUGUACUGUUGUACUGUGGCUUCUAAAAAAGAUGGAUCUGCAGUCAAAUUUUCAAUCCAAAUGUGACGUUGAAAUUAUUAUUAUUAUUAUUAUUAUUAUUUAAUGUAAUUUUUUCACAUCUAAAUCAUGUCUCCUGAAGGUGCAGAAUUACAUUUUUUUUGUCCUUUUGGACGUCAUAUGGAUGUCCAAUUCUGACAUCUUGUGGACCUUCAAAUUGGACGUUCACAUGAUGUGCAAUUUUUGUCUAAAUUGGCCAUCGAAAUCAGGUCCUUUUUAUUUUUAAUGUCUAUUUCUGACGUGGUCUUGGCGUCCGAUCGUGACAUCCACAUGACCUUUAGAUUACAUUUGAACGACGUCUUAUCAACCCAAUUUUGGCGUCCACAGGACAUCUAGAUAAGAGCACAUUUACAUUCUAAUGAUGGCUUCCAUUAGUGCUGGACGAUAAUUCGAUAACAAUAUAUAUCGAUCGAUAGACGUGUGUCGCGAUAGAAAAAAAACGGGUCGAUAAAAAGUUCGAUAGAAAAACACAGUUUCCCUUUCUUUUUCAUCAUAGCCUAUCAUGUAGCUUUUACUACAGUCAUUACUUCCUCCCAACCAAUCACAAACGCAGACCCAGGUACGCUACGGCACCAAGCCCAGCCCCUAUCAAACCACAACAGACAGCACGUGUAUUAGAAAAAAUGAUACAGCAAGGAGAAGCGGAGGAAAUUAUCUCGAAAAAAGGGUUUCAGUAGUUCACCAGCAUGGCAAUGUUUUGGUUUUUACAAGUCUGACAAAAAGCGAACAGCGGUCGUUUGCAAAAUUUGCAGAGAAUUAGUAAAAACCUAGUCUGGUAACACAACCAACUUGUUCUACCAUCUAAACCGAUCGCACCCGCAGGAGUAUGAGCUGUGUCGGCCGCGCCGCGGCUCCACGUCAUCGUCGGAGGAAUCCUCUGGAACCGCUGCCAGCACCAGCACAAAGCAAGUGAAGCAGAUCAAGGUGGACUUCGUUUCUUGCCAAAAUACGACAAAGCGUCCGAGCGGCAUAAGGACAUCACCCACGCAGUGACAUGCUCCAUAGCGAGGGACAUACUGCCAAUAACUACCGUUGAAAAGCCUGGCUUCGACCAGCUUUUAGCCACUCUUGACCCGCGAUAUGAAGUGCCCGGCCGCAAGUAUUUCUCAAACACAGCGCUUCAGGCAUGAAAAUGGGUCAGGGGUUGAAAAGCUGAGAAGGGUGCGGAGGAAAUACGUUCCGGUGUUGUGCUAUAGAAUGCACCCCUGCAUCCCGUCCUCUCAUUAGCUUCUUAAAGUGGAAGAAAAUGAGCUCAUAUUUUAUAAAGACGCGAGUAUUUGGAUCAUGGCUACUAGCAGGGGGUGCGUUCGGCAGGGGUGCAUUCUACGACACAACACCGGCGUGGACAUGUCCUGCUUCUCGUGCUCAGUUUGCGUAUUAAGUCAAUCACAUGAUAAUUAAAAAAAAUAAAUCUCCCGACCCCGGGAGAAAUGUUUCAGUGUUCAGACACCAGGCUGUGGGCAGUUUCCCACACAGUUAAAACUGGUAGUAUGCUAUUCCCACCUAAAGCUAUUCUGUUUAUUUAUAUAUUUGUUUGUUUUGUUUAUUUUCAUCAAAAGACUAUUUAAAUAUUUAUUUAUCAGAUUUUCUGGUCACUUUAGUCUUUAUGUUUGUCAGUAUUUACUGACGUCACUCAGGCCACUUAAGUUGAUUUCUUUUUUUUUUUUAAGUUCUUUUUUAAAAAACUUUCAGUUGUGGUAAAAAAAAAAUAAAAAGGUGGUUGAAUAAAGAUUUGAAUUUGAUUUCAGUGCUUGUGUGUUCUUUAUUAAAAGUAGGUCAUUAAGCAAUAGCAUAAAACAUCCAGGGCUGCAAUUAAAAUAUAUGUUGAAUAAUUAUAAUAAUUAUAUUGAUAAUUAUCGAUAUCGAUCAAUAUGAUUUAUUUUUUAUCGAUAUGCUUUUAUUCUAUAUCGUCCAGGCCUAGCUUCCAUGUCCAUUUAUAUUUUUAGCUUUUUGUUUUGUUGCCUUUACCUUUUACUUUUCAUCAAAUUGGGUUCCAACCUGAAAAAGAGCACUAUAGUUAUGCAUAGAGGUUUUUAUAUACAAUCACAACUUAAUCCUCCUUUCAUUUUCCAUCUCUUCAAUUAACAUUUUAAGGUAAAAAAAACAAACUGGAAACUGGAAGUGAAAGAGAGAGAGAGAUGGUAGUGGUGGCCAGGUUACUUAGAUACAGAACAGAGAGCGUGAUUUGCUAAUGAAGAAAACAUGACAUUAUCACUUUGUUGAAUGAAGAGUAUUUCUGAACCAGCACUGUUGGCAAUGACCUAUUAAAAGAUUAAAAAAGGUGCCCAAUAAUGUUUUUUUUAUGAAUUUGUACACCUUCACUUGUGUAGUUGGUGAUUAAUGGCUGACUAUGAUUGAUUCCUAUUUGCUGCCCUUUUUUUGUUUAUUAAUGUUUGGCGACUCAGCGUUGCACAUAGUGAGUCUAUGUGUGCUUUUGCCUGCCUCCAAAUCAAAGCUGUCUUGACUGAUGGAAGGUAUUUCACACACUCUGCCCAGUUCACUGCUGACAUACUUAACAAGGAAUUUCUGACAUGCGUAACUUUUCUCUGAGCCAGCUCCUUGUCUGUUCUAUAACGGACGAGUCGAAGAGCAGAAAUACAAAAAGCUGUGUUUACAUUUUGUCCUUUAAAGUCUUGCUCUGGAUUUGGAACUUUGGCCUUUUACUCCCAAAGCUUUAAUUAAAUUUGUUGGAAACCCUCAGUCAUGCAUCCUCUCAGCUUAAAAACAAUUUUUUGUUGUUCUAAGAAUUGUUACUUGACUGUGGUGUGAAUAACUUCAUCUUAUGUUAACUUGGUUGCUACAGUUGUCAAAUCCUCAGGUGUAUCAAAUCUACAAUUUAAAGGUAAAAAAAGCCAGUGGAGACAUGAAUGCUCGAUCUGGCACACCACUGACUGAAUGCCAAGUGAGCAUUUUCUUGCCUGAUGUUUAUGGUGUUUUAAAAUCUCUCCUCAUGUUUCCCAUUUGCAUCUUUUUGACAAGUCAAAAAGUUUUGAUUUAUUUAGCAAAAAUAUUAUUACAUUUAGUUUUGACCAAAUGGUUGUGUGAUUGUUGGGAAAGGACCUCUGAGUGUGCCUUGCUGAAAUCUGCAUAAGGGUUAUGUGUACGGUCAGGGCCUCAAUGCCAAUUCUAGACCAGGAUCAAUCAUUAUUUGAAAGCAUAUUUAUAGUCCUGUUUGGGUUUGGAGGCCUUGAUUUAGAGGCCAAGUAAAGCUAUGCGUAAAAGAAAACUGAGAAUUUUUCAGAUAAUGCUUUUUUCCUGGUCUGUGGUUCCUGAAAGAGGCUCAGUUCCACACCCACUCGUCCAUCUACUUCUAACCCGAAUCAUGUGAGAUGCACCGCAUAAACUCUCGUGAAGAUUUAGCAGCAUCACUAACGGAUUCCUCAGAGGGUCUCUAGUGACCUGCUGCUGUUAUCGGAGUGGUUCAGCGGUAGAUGGAGGUUUGUUGGUGCAGAGCUUUCUUGCAUGAUGUUUGAAACUAUGUCAAGUCCCUUCUCAUUAAAUCUCCCUUUAAUUUCCACUUCCCCUGUAGCAUCCAAUUGAGGUUACAGGAUUAAUCGAGCUCUAUGUCCACUAAGUAACCUUCUGCCAUUUGUGUCUUUCAGUGAUGAUGGCCAAGGAGAAACCGCCAAUCACGGUUGUGGGAGACGUAGGAGGCAGAAUCGCCAUCAUUAUUGUAAGACGUCUUGUUUCAUAUGUUCAUGAAUAGUAAAUCAGAUUUAUUUAAUUACACCAUUUUAAUAUGUUUACAAGAACUCGUGUUAUCAUGCUGUUUUACUCCUGUGGUCACUUUCUCAGGAUGACAUUAUAGAUGACGUGGAGGACUUUGUAGCAGCAGCGGAGAUCCUGAAGGAAAGAGGAGCCUAUAAAAUCUAUAUUAUGGCAACGCACGGUCUUCUCUCCGCAGAUGCACCCAGACUAAUAGAGGAGUCUGCUAUCGACGAGGUAAAACCAUGUGAUGAUGGCAAAUACUUCUUUUCCUUACAUUUCAGCGGUCAACUCCAGGAGUAGCAUUCUGCACACUGGGGCAAUCUAAUUUAACACAGUACAGCGUCUGUUCCACUAACUCUACUUUGACAUAGUUUCUACAUAGUUUGUUGACUUGUGUAGACAGGUGAUAAUUUUUAAACUUACUGUUGAAAUUCGGCUUCAAAUCUGAUAAUGGUGGGAGGUCGAAGUUGUCCAUAGUAUAUACAGUCUAUGGUAACAGCCUGUCUCAGAACACCCCCCUUGUUUUCACUAUUUUGGAUUCGCCCAACCUACUGGAGACCGGCUUGAGACACAAAGAUUGAAGAGCGUCCACGUGACUUUAAAUCCGGUGGUUUACUGAGUGACUAUUUUCAUUCUGAGCAUUUCAACUUUCAUGUUUCCACCUCCUUUACCAUCCGUGUUAGUAUAUUUUCACCCAGCUGAAGCACGCUCCACCGAGCUGCAUCGUCCCCCACUGCAGAAGGGUUUGCCAUCAGAGUCGGAAACCCCCCUCCCGAUUAGUUGGUUUUGGUCGACCAAGAAUUUCUUCGGUUGAUUACAGCCGUAGUUUGCCUGCACUGAGCAAUGUCUCACCUUGUCUCAUGUGUUCCCACUGUAGGCAGGGCUCAUUCAUGCUUCUCACACACAGCAAAGGAUGAUGAUCUUUGUAGCGAGUGUGCUAACAAGUUGAAGCUUUCAGUCUGCUGGGAGGAAUCAAGAGUGAUGGCGCCCUUUUUUUUACUGCACAUAUCUCCCAGCCAUGUUGACCAUUUAUCGACCAUUUACAGACUCUCUGUUUUUUGACAGCCCCAGUUUCACACAAUACUUAAAUCAUGACAGUGUUUCCUGGACAAUUAUCAUGUUGAAUGAAGUAAUUUGUAAAGCUCUUUAUUUGGCUCAGGUCCAAACUCUUCGACUGUCACCCUCAUGUACCCUCCGUGCACACAGGAACAAAAUGUUUUUGUCACGUGGUAAAAAACCACAGUUGACUUUUCAAACUCCAAAGUACAGAGUUACAGAGAUGAUAGGAAGCAAGAUAAGCGAUGACAUAGAGAUCUCUACGGAUUUACACGAAGAUUGAACAUUAAUAAUGAAAUCUGAGCAUAAAAAUUCAAACAUGGCUCAACACUUACAAAUACUUAGGAUGAAGAUUGACAUUUGUGAUAAUCGCUUGUCCGAAAAAACAACUCAAAUUUAGAGUUCAGAAAGUAAAAAGGUGAGAAACCUUUCUAAUUAUAGAAAAAAAGAUUACCUGUAAAGACUUUAAGAGUUCAAUCAAUCAGUCUUUAUUUGUAUAACACUUUUUAUACAAAAACGAUGUAGCACAAAGUACUUAACAUAGCAGAGGAUAAAAGAAACAAAGAAAACCCUGAUCUACCCCAACCCAACCCCUCAUUCCCACCCCACAGUCUAAGCACAAUAGAAACAUGUAUUAAAAUGCAUGAACUUAAUUCAAGAUAAAGAAACACUCAAGGUUUAAAAUCUAAAAAAAAGAAACAAAGAAUGAAAUUUAAGAAAUAAUUAGUAAAAUGAAAUAAAAACAACUGUAAAGGUUACUAAAAUAAAAGCACUAAAAUGGCUCAAUAAAAGACGAUCCUGUCACUAAAACUAAAAUAGAUAAAUGCUAAAACACUUCAAUAUAAAAUUAAGUUAAAAGCAGGACUGAAAAGGUAUGUUUGCUCUCCUACUAAAUACUUGACACUGAUGCCGUUGUGUUGCCCCUUCAGGUGGUGGUGACCAACACCGUUCCUCACGAGGUGCAGAAGCUUCAGUGUCCAAAAAUCAAGACUGUGGAUGUCAGCAUGAUCCUGGCCGAGGCGAUCAGACGCAUCCACAACGGCGAGUCGAUGGCCUACCUGUUCCGCAACAUUGCUGUGGACGACUGA